UGGAAAUUUUAGCUGAACAUUGGCCUGGCGAUUUGGAUAUUAAUUAUUCAAGCCCUUGGGCAGUGGCAAACCCAGAAACUGGAUUAAUGCGUGUGCAGAUUCGUGAUUAUAUGGAUAAAAAACCUGAUUCAAGUGAUAUUUGGUUUAAAGAUUUUGUACCAGAGGUAUAA